AUGCCACCGAUUAGAACACCAGUUGAUGAGCCAGUGGAGAGAUGCUCCCAAUCGUCUUCGGAAGAACCGACAGACUACGUGAUGACAAGAAAUACGAAAAAGAUUCGAGACGGAUGCUCAUCCGAUUAUAUGCUCUUCUCAUCCGAUGCUCUCGUUCACAUCGCCAACGACGAACGCGCUUCUGAGAAGUACACGUGGCUCGGCGAACGUCUUCGUCUCACUUUCAAAAUGAUGCGAAGUGACUCUCGCCUCAUUCGAACAAUGUGUCACAGUCACGGAUUCAUGCAAUGCUCGAGUAAGAACCCCUCAGUCAAUGUGAUAUGGAUGGGCGCCCCGGUGAAAAGUGUCAAAAUGCGAGAACUCAUGCCGUGGCAACGACUCAAUCAGUUCCCACGUUCCACCGAGUUGACGAAGAAGGAUCGACUCUAUGAGAAUAUCGAGAGAUCUAAAUCUAUUUUUGGAGACGCUUAUGAUUUUAUUCCCGAAUUCUAUGUGACACCGCGAGAGAAUUCAAAAAUGGAAAAAGCGUUCAAACGAGUCACGAAGGAGAUUCUGGCGUCCGGUGGUCAACUGUGUUUUCCCGGAGAAUUUAUUGUGAAACCGACGAAUUCAAGACAGGGAAAAGGGAUCUUCUUUGCGAAUAGUAUGUCUGAUAUCCCAGCAGAGGGACCAUUGCUCGUAUCUCGUUACCUAAAAGAUCCAUAUCUCGUGAAUAAUCACAAAUUUGAUCUACGAAUCUACGUGGCGGUGACGUCAUUCUAUCCACUCGUCGCCUAUGUUUACUCGGAAGGACUCGCACGUCUAGCGUCGAAACCGUAUGACACGUCGGCCUCCUCCACUGACAGUAAUGAAUUCGUUCACUUGACAAACUACAGUAUCAACAAGAAUUCGACGUCUUUUGUAAGAAAUGAGAGUAUGUCGUCGGAGGAUUUGGGACACAAAUGGACACUUGGAGCACUUUUGAGAUAUGUCGAGAAUGAGGGAAAAGAUGCAAAGUUGCUCAUGCUGCGUAUCGAGGAUCUCAUCGUGAAGAGUCUCCUCUCCAUCCAGAAUUCCGUCGCUACCGUAAGCCGUACCACUCUCAAAUUCGCGUGCACAAAUUUCGAGCUCUUCGGAUUCGACGUUCUCGUAGAUCAAUGUCUGAAACCGUGGCUUCUCGAAGUGAAUUUAUCGCCGAGUUUGGCGUGUGACGCCCCAUUGGAUUCACUUCUGAAAACACGACUCAUCGCUGAUCUUCUGAAUCUCGCUUGUAUUCCGUUACUCGACAAAAAAAUUAUCGAUAGUGUGACACCGGCGAUUCGAAAAUCGAUGAACGUCUCUUCGUCACAGGAUUCAGAUGACGUCGACGAUGACGUCGGCGGUGUGGAGCUCGAUCCGAAAUGUGUGAAGACGUUGAAACGACGUCCGCCUGUCGGACUCAAACGGAGUGUCCUAACGAAGAAAAUCGUUUCUGGAACGACGUCAAUCGUCCCAAAUAUCGACAAGAAAUUCGAACAAAUUGUACGAAAAACGGAGAUGGAAGAGACGCGGCGUGGAGAUUUCAUUCGAGUAUUCCCAAGAAAUGGCACGUGGGGAAUGUAUAGUCCUGUGAUGGAGGAUUUGGGAGCCGACGAUUUUGACGAGCGCCUUUUUGAAGAGAUUAUAAGGAAGAGGAAUACGAAAAACUCAUCGGACCGCCUCUCCUCCCCACCAGACGCCACAAGCUCCGCCUCCUCAUCAGGAUACUCAUCAUCAUCGUCAUCCUCAAUGCAUAUCGAAGAGGUGUCGGAUCUUUUCCACGACGUAAUGAUGCAAUGUGAUAAAUAUCCGACACUCGGAGACGUUCCCAUCGAAAUUCGUGAAAUCAUCUCACCGUGGUACGAGGAGGCGUCAGAAUACACGAAAAAGAUCACUCAGGAAGGGGAGACGUAUGCUUGUAAACUGCCGGUCAUACGGUCGGCCGCCCGUCUUCGUACUAAAAGUUGUGCGGAGAGUUAUGAAGUGAAGAAGAUUCAGAUGGCCAAGAAGAAGGAGGCCGAAGCGGCGAAGUAA